CCUCUGUUUAUUUUCAGCGGUGACGCGGACGCCGCACUCCUCCUAUAUGGGGCUCGUCAGACGGUGGCAGGGCCGCGAUUGGUGAGCUGUUGUUGCUGUAGCAGCUUGUGUCAGCGCUGUGUGGAGGGAGGGAGCGAGGGAGGGGGGGGGGAGGGGCACUAUAAAACCCCGCUACGGCGCUCGUGAGCGUCACUCUGGAGGAGGAAAGUGAGCGCGGAGGGUUGGUAGACGUGGCACCAAGUGACUCCCCCCCGCAGCCCCCCCCUGUAUUUACCAACAACAGGCGUCUCGUUUACCCCCCCCCCCCCCCCAUCACCGUACCGUCCGAGCACUAGACUUCGCUCCGAGAGCAACACCACCCCAACACACCUCUACCUCGACUAAUAAAUGCCAAGAGGAAAAACGAAAGAGCCAACCGCCAAGGAUCGCCGCUGCGAAGUGGAGAGAAACGGUCGGACGAACACGUAAGGGACGAAAACGACGCACGGAUCGCCGCCGUCGCCGUUCUCAAUGCAUACCCUUUGUGCCCGGGGUACGAUGAAGCCAGAGAUCACCGCCGCCGUCGGAUUUCUUUCGAGAUUUCUGCGGGUGAAAGGACACGUAAACGAUCGACAGGUCCAGACGUUCAACCAAAGCUUACAGGACAUUUUGUCAGAGCAAUACAAGCACCACUGGUUCCCAGACAGGCCCUGCAAGGGUUCAGGAUACAGAUGCAUCCGCAUCAACCACAAGAUGGACCCACUGGUGGGGCAGGCAGGCCAGCGCAUCGGCCUGACCAUCCAGCAACUCUACUCGCUGCUGCCCAGUGAGCUCACGCUCUGGGUGGACCCCUUCGAGGUGUCCUACCGCAUCGGCGAGGACGGCUCCAUCUGCGUCCUGUACGAGUCACAGCCCUGCCCCGUAGGGAUGCCGGUGAUGGCCACCGCCAGCGCCCCCUCAGGAAACGGUGGGAUGGGGGGUCCCAUGGUGGACAGUCACAUCAGCUGCAAGGAGGAAAUGAUGGUGAUGGGCAGAAGCAGUCCCCCCAAAUCCUACAAUAUGAUGACUGUGUCCAGUUAAAGAGGCCCACCGUCACCCCGGCCUACUUUUGAUCUGGGUCACGUCGUGGCUGGUCCGAUCAGUGAGCCUUUUUGAAGCUAAGAAUAUGAAAUGAAAUUGUGAAAGAAGAAGAAAAAAAAACAGAGGAAAAAAAAAAAAAAAACAGAGGACGUGGCCUAUCGUCCAGGUGAUGGAAACCUUGUAGGUUUGAUAUUUUUGACCCCCCCCCCCUCCCCAUUAUCAUCUGUUCUGUUGUCAUUGGAUCAGCUGGGCACUUUUUUUUUUUUUUAGAAGAGGCUUUGUGGAAAUGGAACUGUUGGGGCAGCUAAACAACAACAACCAACCAGGAACCCCCACAGAGAUGCACCCCCCCCCCCCCCCCCCCCCCCCCCCUCCCCUGACUGUAAACAACAUGUUGAUCAGCUCCAUUUCUGAAGGGGCUGUCAUUGACUUUGCACUUUCUUUACUUGGGGUUUACUAUUGGUUCAUGUUCAGCACGCCACCCAACACCAAAUCCUAAAUUGUAAGGAUUUUUCCUUUAAAAAAAAAAAAAAAAAAAAAAAAAUUUCAG